AUGAGUAGUCCUAAACAACUCCCUCAUGAGGAGACCUCACAGACGACACCUGACGCUGAAGUCGCCACCAUCGAGGAAAAAAGCCACACGAAGCGGACAUGGUAUAGAACGGUAUUCUUCCAGGCCACAGUCAUUGGACUCUGUGCCUUCUUUGCGCCUGGGCUGUAUAAUGCCAUGCAGUCUACUGGAGCUGGCGGGCAACAGACACCAUACCUUGUUAUGUCGGCCAACGCUGUUCUGGGGGUUAUGAUGGUUGUCACUUGCUCAAUGGGAAGCGUAAUAGCUAACAAGAUUGGAUUGAAAAAUGCUUUGAUUUUCGGCACAACAGGAUAUGCCAUCUACUCAGCGUCGUUGUACACGAACAACAGAUACGGCACGGAAUGGUUUGUGUAUCUAGGCUCUGCAGCCUGUGGCAUCACAGCAGGUAUCUUCUUCCCUGCCGACCUUCUUUUCACAGUUUGCCGGCUGUGGACGCACACCUUUUAA